ACUUUUGUCUCAAAAUCAAUCCAAAUUGAACCGCAAAUACUCCAACUGUCACACAACAAUAUAUACAUAAUAUGGUAGCAGCUAAUUUUGUCAAAGUGCUUGAUUCCAAUAUUCCACAUGGAUCCAAUUGGUUUCUUCCUUCUUCUGACAUCUCUGCUGUUCAGUUAUCCAUUUGUUCUCAUUGCUCAAUCUCCCACAACCACUAUCAGUGUUGAGGGAAUUGUUUAUUGUGAUGCCUGCUCAACCGGCACUUUCUCUAAACACAGUUAUCUCUUGCCAGGUAUGUAUGUAUGUGUUGACGUUCAUAUAGAGUGCAGAUUUAGAGCAAGCUCACCAAGAACCAACGAACAGAUAAAUUUCUCAGUGAACAGAACAACAGACAGAGAGGGAGCAUACAAAUUAGAUAUACCAUCAGUGGAUGGAACUAACUGUAAAAUUGCCAUGGAUGGUAAUUCACAGAUUGUGUCUCUCUGCCAAGCAAGCUUGAUAGGAACUUCAUCAUCUUCUUAUUCUUGCAAUGUUCCUUUCUUGAAGAGCACAGGAAGUAGUCAGAUAUUAAAACAAGAGAAUAACCUAUGUGUAUACAGCUUGGGAGCUCUUAGUUACAAGCCACCUCAAAAUAUGAUCAAUACUACCUUAUGCUCAAAUUAAUUCAUUUGGAUUUUAAUUUCUUCUGAGGUAUUGUCCACUUUAGAUAUUAUAGAAACUUCACUUCACAAAUGCGGCUUAGUUAAAAGUCGUUGUUCAAUUGAGUGCGUGUUUAUAAAUUACUCGUAAGUUCGUAACCUCGGUUUUCAAGUAAUGUGAGAUUUUUUUGGUAUACCAAAACAAAAUUAGACAAAAUUCAUCCUAGUACAUUCUUUUCUUUCCUUGGAUCCCUUUCAUUAAGUUUAGGAUUGGGUGACCCUUCUCUCCCUCUUACUCAAUAUCCUUAUCCUAUACCACCCUCAAUCACCUCCUUUUAUUUUAGGGGAAGGGGACCCCACAACUUGGAUUCCUCUUGUGUGUUCUCUCUCUCUCGUCCAUCACCUCCUAAACCAAAAUCCUUUCUUCAUUAUUAUUAUUAUUAUUAUUCUUGUGAUAGUUAUUUAAUAUUUAUAUAUUGAAAUACCUAGCUAGCUAGAAGAUGUGUAAAAAAUACGACCCUUUUAUAAGUUGCAUUUAUCAUUUUAACGUAUAUUUUGAAAUGUAAUAGUGUAGUUAAUGUGUUUAUUUUAUAUAUGAGUGUUAGUAAAGCACCAUUUUGUUUA